AUGAAUUGGGCCUUUGAUUUUCGUAUAGAUGCCUCCAGUGGUCUGCAAGUAUACGAUGUCCGAUUUGGAGGUGAUCGGAUAGCAUACGAGAUAAGUCUGCAGGAGGCGAUUGCUAGCUAUACGGGGUUUUACCCUGUUCAUAUGAGCAACAAUUUUUUGGAUAGUAACUUCAUGAUGGGAACUAAUAUAUACACACUUCACCCAGGUACGGAUUGUCCAGGCACUGCGACCUUCUUUGAUCUUGUGCACAUGUCGUAUAGUGAUAAUCCGUUUACGGUCAAGAAUGCAGUCUGUGUUUUCGAACUCAACGCUGGUAUUCCCUUGAGGAGACAUUACGAUAAUGAUUUCAUACAAGGUUACAGAUUCUUUGGUUCAAUGGUGAACCAGGCACUCGUUUUACGAACCGUUGCUACAGUAGGCAACUACGACUACAUUCAUGAUUUCAUAUUUUAUCAGUCUGGAGCGAUUGAAGUCAAAGUCUCCAUGACUGGAUACGUUUUUGGUUCGUUCUACAACGAAAACGUAUCGCCCUAUGGUUACAACAUCCAAAGCAACAACCUUACAAGCACCACUCAUGACCACCUACUUAACUAUAAAGUUGAUCUGGAUGUAUCGGGAAGACAGAAUUCCUACGAGACUAUUGAAGUUGGAAUUGAAAAUGUGACCGACAGAUGGCUUCCGGAAAAAAACAGGUACAUUGUCAAGAAAGUCUUGAAGCCCAKCACGAAAAAGACAGAACAAGAAGCCGCUUACAAGUUCAACUUUGAUCAUCCAAAGUAUUUAAACUUCUUCAAUGAGAACAGUAAGAAUAAGAUGGGAGUCAAAAAAGGCUAUCGGAUUCAGCAUCACGGGAUUAUGAAGCAGCUGUAUCCUGAAGACUGGGACAUGGUCCCGAUGAUAGGCUGGUCUCUCUAUCAGCUCGCUGUCACCAAGUACAAGGACAGCGAGAGAACAAGCACUUCCCUCUACAACCAAAACGCACCCACAGACCCCCACGUAGACUUCAGGAAAUACCUGUCUGAUAAUGAGAGCAUUGUCAAUCAAGACCUGGUCGCCUGGGUGACCAUAGGCGCCAUGCAUAUACCCCAUUCUGAAGAUAUACCUACCACCACUACUACGGGAAGCUCGGCAGGGUUCUAUAUUUUGCCUUUCAACUAUUUUGAUGACGAUCCUUCUAUGGGAUCUACAAAUGCGGUACUUAUCAAACCUACUGAUAAGAAGUAUACACCUUCUUUUAAUCGAUUUGGGACCCCCACAGGUCCGUCUUGUGUACCCAGAAAUUAUACUGUUAGUUUUGACGGAAGGCACGAAUAACUGGUAGCAUGGUGGUGUAUAUAGAGGCUAUGGUCCCCUUUCUCAUACACACGCUUUUGAAAAUCUUCACCGAAUUUUGAAAUGCCAUUAGAAUAAA